UAAAUAGAUAGUGUGGCGACCUGUCAAAACAUUAUACACGUUGUCGGGGAUAAGUCUGGAUCAAUACUGAAAAAAUCUGUUAAGAUGAAACCACGUUCUAGGAUAUAUGUUACAAGACAGAUUCCACAAGGUGCAUUCGAUGUUUUACUGGAAGACGGUAAUGUUUCCUUUUGGAAUAGCCACGAACCGGUUCCAAGAGGCGAACUAUUAAAUAACAUACAAGGCGUGGAUGCACUGUUAUGUAUGCCAACAGACAAAAUAGAUCGUGAUGUUUUGGAUAGGGCAGGUCCUUCCUUGAAAGUGAUUGGAACAUUGUCUGAGCUUUGUGAUCACAUUGACGUAGAUGAAUGUAACAGACGUAAUAUCCAAAUUAUAACCAUGCCAUCCAUAUCUACAGAAAUUGUGGCUGAUUUAACUGUAGCUGUACUUGAAGGACAGUUAAUAUCAAACGAAGAUGCAAAUGCAAAUGAGUCAGUCAAUAAAAAUGAUGUGAUUCAAAAAAUGUAUAAAGGCAAGACCCUUGGACUAGUUGGACUUGGAAGCACAGCUGUUGCCAUUGGUAAACGUUUACGAGGAAAGGGUAUCUCAGAAAUUAAAUAUAGUGAUUUUACUGUUAAACCAGAGGAAAAAGAAAUAGGGGCCAAGUAUGAAGAAUUUGAAAAAGUUUUAGAAGAAUCUGACAUCAUUUGUAUCUGCUGCAGAGGAAACAAUACGAACAGUGGACUGUUUUACAAGGACGUUUUUCAAAAAAUGAAGAAAUCGGCUAUAUUAAUCGACGCAGCACGUGGUCAUGUAAUUAACUACUAUGAUUUAUAUGAGGCAUUACGUGAACAACAUAUAUCUGCCGCGGCUGUGGACUUGAGGGAGCAAGGAAAGAUCCCUUAUAAAGACCAACUGUUAGGCUUAAAUAACUGUAUCUUCGUUCCUUAUCAAGAAUCAAAUCGUUGGGACAAGAGAAACAAAAUCUCUGCAAUUGUAUCAAACAAAAUUGUCUCUAUCUUACAGAUGGGCUGUAUUCCAGAGAAUUGUCCAGUGUCUGCCUAAUGUUACAGUUGUUUCAUUUUGUUGGUCUCUUUUAUUCACGCAUCGAAAAAUAUUGCAUUGAAUUAAUAUUAGCAGUUUUCAUACAAAUUUUAGUCCGUUCAUUGCGCAAUAACAGUUGAGAAUGUUGGCCGUUACUUUAUAAAUCAUCUCAGAACGCUUAUUAGAGAUUUUGAUGUUCUUGUUACAAGUUUUAUGUAUAUAAAUAGUUUAUUUUUA